CCCAGACGACACACUGUUUAAUGAAUGGUGAAAUGUUUGUAUUAAAACAAAACUUUAAAAAAAAAUAAAAUAAACCAUGCAUGCCCAACCUUGGUCACUUUAAGACUUCAAUUCCCAGAACUCCCCUGCCAGGCUGGGGAAUUCUGGGAGCUGAAGUCCACAGGUCUUAAAGGGGCCAAGCUUGCUCCCUCCUCCAUGGUUUAAAUCAUACAGAAGAGAACCUGAUGUUUCUCCCAAAGCUGCUUCAUAUGUUACGGAUGCAUAUUUUGUAUAUAAGUCAGUGACCAUCUUCCUUUUUCUUUUUUUUAGAGUCACUUGCAUUUUGAGAAAGUUGUGCGUUGCAGAGAUGUGAAUUUUGCUGAAUCUUGAGCAGAGUUCUUAACCGUCUAGUUAUGGAAGAGAACUGUGGGGUUAUGAGCCCUAUCGAAGUUGGCAGUUCAGAGAUGGAGAAUAAAGAAGAAUCGUGUGUUUUGGACGGAGAAAAGAAGGGAGGUAAGAAAAGGGAGCCUCAGAGAACGAAAACCCAAUUAAACCAGAUGAGGAAAAGCGCAUCUCCCUCUCUGGGCAAAGAUCCUCCUGGUCAGCUUGCCAGUCUGGGAAAAAACAACAAAGGGAAUGAAAUGAAUUCCUUCCUUCAGCGCCAGAAGAGUUUCCAUUCGGACUCCAACCUCAUAGCUCAUUGCACCAGCUACGUCAAGGAGCAGCCGUUUAAAUGCGAGAAGUGCGGAAGGAGUUUCAGUUUGAACGCGCACCUCAGCGCCCAUCGAAGGAUGCACACGCAGGAGAAGCCCUAUAAAUGCUCCCAGUGCAGCAAAAGCUUCAGCGCCAUGACCAGCCUCACCAGUCACCAGAGGAGCCACACUGGAGAGAAACCCUACAAGUGCUCGGAGUGCGGCAAGAGCUACAGUUCCAGCACCAGCAUGGCGUAUCAUCAGAGGACGCAUCGCGGGGAGAAACCGUACAAGUGUUUGGCGUGUGGCAUCGGCUUCAGCUUGAGCACGAGCCUCAUUUCUCACCAGAGGAUUCACACGGGCGAGAAACCUUACAAGUGCUUGGAGUGCGGGAAGAGCUUCCGGGUGAGUACCAGCCUCACUUCCCACCAGCGCAUUCACACGGGGGAGAAACCCUACAAGUGCUUGGAGUGCGGCAAGAGCUUUUGCGUGAGCACGAACCUUACGUACCACCAAAGGACGCACACGGGGGAGAAACCUUACAAGUGCUUGGAGUGCGGGAUUAGCUUCUGUUUGAGCACCAGCCUCACGUACCACGAAAGGAUCCACACGGGGGAGAAGCCUUACAAGUGCCUGGAUUGCGAGAUGAGUUUCCGACGGAGUUCGGAUCUCAACACCCAUCAGAGGAUUCACACGGGGGAAAAACCCUACCAGUGCAUGGUGUGUGGGAAGAGCUUCCGGGUCAGCUCCAGCCUCACUUCCCAUCAGAGGACCCACACGGGGGAGAAACCGUACACCUGCUCGCAGUGUGGGAAGAGCUUCAGCAGAAGCACGCACCUCAACGCUCAUCAAAGGACCCACCGGGCAGCAGCCGUGUGAAUCCUUAGUCUGGGUACACCUGAAAGCAGAUCUCAUUGAGGAAUUCACUCAGAGACAACCCCCUCCCCCCAAAGUGCUUCGAAUAUGUGGAACAAGAUUAAUUUUUAAUGGACCAUAUUAAUGUUGAGUGAUGUGGUGACCUAGAGGUGGAGCUUUCGCCUCAAUCAGGAGGCUGUGAGUUCGAUCCUAGGUAGAGGCAGAUAUUCCCUUUUCUUUGUCCAGAUGUUUUAGUACUUGGUUUUUGUGUGUCACUUUCAUUCUGUAAAUGUUGAAGCUGGAUUAAAACUUUGCAUAACUUGGGUGCUGAGUUGUUAUACAAGUGGCAAAUAAAAUCUUUAGUAUUGUC